AUGGAGGAGUUUGAUGGUACCAUCGGCAUCGACCUCGGCACGACGUACUCGUGCGUGGCGGUUUUUCGCAGCGACGCGGUUGAAGUUAUUCCGAACGAUCAGGGAAACCGCACAACGCCGUCGUGUGUGGCUUUCCACAAUGGUGACGUGUUGGUUGGCGACAGCGCGAAGCAGUUGGCCUCUCGCGGGGUAACAGGUGUCGUGUAUGAUGCAAAGCGCAUGAUUGGUCGCAAGUUUGGCGAGAAAACCAUUCACGAUGACGUGAAACGCUGGCCAUUUGCCGUUGAAAAGGGGGAGAACGAUGGUGUACUGAUCCGCGUUGAGCACAAUGGGGAGACACUUCGACUGGAGCCAGAGCAGAUCUCUGCGCGAGUACUCGCGUACCUCAAACUUUGCGCCGAGCAGUUCAUUGGCAAACGGGUUAAAAAGGCUGUCAUCACGGUGCCCGCGUACUUCAACGAUGCCCAGCGGGAACGCACGAGGGCUGCCGCACGGAUCGCGGGGUUGGAGGUGCUGCGUAUUGUAAAUGAGCCGACUGCGGCGGCGUUGUGUUACGGCCUUGGCCUUGGCUCUGGCGCCGGUGCGCAGGGCGCGGAUUGCCCCGUGAAUGUGCUGGUGUUUGACUUUGGGGGUGGGACGUUCGAUGUAUCCAUCAUCGCCAUUGACAAUGGCUCCUUCGCGGUGCGGUCCACGGCGGGUGACACACAUCUCGGAGGACAGGACGUGGACACGGAGCUGCUGCGAUACGUCCUGAAUGACUUGAAGAAUCGUCACGGUGUGGAUGCAACUUCGCAGCCAAGGUUGCUUGCCAAACUGCUCGCGCGGUGCGAGCAGGCGAAACGCGUUUUGUCUCAUGCGACGACCGAGGAGAUUGUGAUGGACGGCAUUCUGACGGGUGGGGAGGAAUACGCACUGUCUCUCUCUCGGGCCAAGCUGGAGGAGUUGUGUGCCAAAAUCUUUGCCCGUUGCAUGGCUGUUGUGCAAAAGGCGAUGAAAGACGCCGCGGUAACGCCAGAUGACAUUGAUGAUGUCAUUCUCGUUGGUGGUUCGUCACGCAUUCCUGCACUACGCGUCAUGCUGCAGGAGAUGUUUAAAGGGAAGCGACUCUGCAGCUCCGUCCACCCGGACGAGGCGGUGGCGAUUGGUGCCGCAGUGCAGGCGAGCAUCAUCAGCACCUCGGCUGAGCAACAGUCCGAAAAGACGGCAAAUGUUGUUUUGAUGGAUGUGGUGCCCCUCUCCAUUGGCGUCGAGGUGGAUGACGGCAAGUUUGAUGUCAUCAUUCGCCGCAACACCACCAUACCGUAUUGCGCCACGAAAGAAUACAGCACCGUGGAGGACAACCAGGAUGAGGUGGAGGUGCAGGUCUUCGAGGGCGAGCGACCGCUGACGCGCCACAACCACAAAUUAGGUGCUUUCAUUCUGGAUGGCAUCUCACGUGCCAAGAAGGGCGACCCGACCAUCACAGUUACAUUCAGCGUGGACGCGGACGGUAUUCUCACCAUUACCGCCUCCGAGGAACUCGCAAACGUAAAGAAGACACUCAUUGUUGAGAACACCGAACGCCUCAGCGACGAAGCGGUGCAGAAGAUGAUUGAAGUGGCGCAGAAGUUCUCGGCAAAGGAUGCGGUGGCCGUGUCUAUUAUGGACGCAACGCAGCGUCUUACAAGUGGCUUCACAGAACUUGAAACGGCGCUGGCCGCGAUGCCACUGCCCCUCUCAAAGAAGUUACAACGGCAUGUGGCGUUUCUCACGCACGGCAAACAAUGGCUUGAGCAGCAGUUGCCGAACUACACAGAAACGCACGCGGUGGAUGUCAAGACAACGAAGAUCAUGAAACUUGUACAGAAAGCCAUGAAGACACUGCAGCGUGAAUCCCGCAAGGGAACAGAAAACAACAACGAAAGCGACAGCGGUAGCGAUGACGAUGACGACACCAAUGAGAAUGAUGGGGACGCACUCGGAGGAUCAGGCGGGUCAACACCACGCGACUCCAGUACAGGGAGAAAGCGCAUGCGCAGUAAUCCAAGGAAUGAUGAGGGCUAG